AUGAAGAGACCUCAGCUUUUAUCUCCCAUCAAGGCCACUUUGAAUGGAACUCUGGUCCACCCAUCGUAUUUCCUCCUGGUGGGCAUCCCUGGCCUGGGGCCGAACACACACUUCUGGCUGGCUCUCCCACUGUGCUUCAUGUACACCUUGGCCACCCUAGGAAACCUGACCAUUGUUUUCAUCAUCCGUGUGGAAAGGCGGCUGCACGAGCCCAUGUACCUCUUCUUGGCCAUGCUGUCUGCCAUUGACCUGAUCCUCUCCUCUGUCACCAUGCCCAAGAUGGCCAGCCUCUUCCUGACAGGCAUCCAGGAGAUUGAAUUUAAUGUGUGUCUGGCCCAGAUGUUCUUUAUCCACUCUCUGUCGGCAAUGGAGUCGGCUGUCCUCCUGGCCAUGGCCUUUGACCGCUUUGUGGCCAUCUGCCAUCCGCUGCGGCAUGCUUCUGUGCUCACGGCGACGACAGUUGCCAAGAUUGGACUAGCUGCUCUGACCAGGGGCUUUGUGUUUUUCUUCCCUCUGCCCUUCAUCCUGAAGCGGUUGUCAUACUGCCGGAAGCACACUGUCACACACUCCUUCUGUUUGCACCAGGACAUCAUGAAGCUGUCCUGUACAGACACCACCGUCAAUGUUGUGUAUGGGCUCUUCAUCAUCCUCUCUGUCAUGGGCGUAGACUCCCUCUUCAUUGGCUUCUCCUACAUCCUCAUCCUCAGGGCUGUGCUGGCGUUGUCCUCUCAGGGGGCAGCACUCAAGGCUUUGAACACCUGCAUCUCCCAUCUCUGUGCUGUCCUGGUCUUCUAUGUGCCCCUGAUCGGGCUCUCAGUGGUACACCGGCUGGGUGGCCCCACUUCCCUGCUCCAUGUGAUUAUGGCUAAUGUCUAUCUACUGCUCCCACCCGUGGUCAACCCAGUUGUCUACGGAGCCAAGACCAAGGAGAUCCGUUCAAGGAUCCUCCAUUUGUUCUCACUUGAUGGCAGGUGA